AUGUCUUAUGUUUAUGUUCAGCAACCAAGUUAUGGUUAUGCUCAAUUUUUUGGACCUAAACCGCAACUUGUUUAUUGUCCAAAAUGCAAACAAAAUAAAACAACUAAACUUGAAUUUGUUACUGGAAAGGGUAGUUGGUCGUGCUGUAUUUCUAUAGGAAUUUUUGUGGGUUCGUAUGGUUUUAUUGGUAUUAUAGCGCUUAUCGAUGCUAUUAUUAAGCCUGAAACUACAGAAGGUUCUCGAGCAUCUCGUAUAGUCUUGAUUUGUAUUUUUCUGUGUUUGUGGUUUUGUAUGUGCUGUUGUUGUAUGUUUGGUUCAUUCUACUGUGAUCGCUUUAAGGAUGUUGAACAUUAUUGUAGUGUUUGUGACACUUAUAUUGGCACACAUUUUCGUGACGUUCGAAGGCCUAUAGUUAUACUACCACCAGAAUUAUAUAAAAAUCUGCCAGCCCAACAAUAA